UAAUCUGCUAACAUGGACAUAGAAUCGACGAUACUGGGAUAUGACCAUUACCGGUAGUCCCAUUGUUCCUUCGCGAGUAUCGAUCCUUGAGACUAUUUCGAAAGUCACUGCUUCCCCUCCCCUAAUUAAACCUAAGCUCACGAUCUCGAGCUUCGAGAAGAUAUUCUUCGACAUCCGAGUCACCUUUACCGAACAUCCUUAUCUCUCCUUUGGCUGCAUUGCGGGACUUGGUCUAGGUUGUGCGUCAUGGUUCCGAGGACGACUUCGGAGAAACCGUGGCAACUUCCGCCUAGAAGACAACCUCCCUAUCAAGGAGAUAAAGGAGGGUCUUCUUGGUACCACCGCUAACGGGAAGAAGGAUUGAACAAUUUCUUUAUUUUCGGACGGAAGCAAAGAAUUGAAGCAUCGGCAUUGGGAAGUCAUGGGUUCCUGGAGUUUAUAUCAUCCAGCGGGAGUUCUGUAUAAUACUCUCUUGUGUCCUUGCGCUUGCACAUGUCACCCAUACAACUGGCCGUUGUCAUUUUAUAAAGGCUCGGUGUCUUGGUUAUGGGCACGUUUAUAUCAACACAGAAAGCUACGGCGCGACACGAAACUUUGGGGUUCAGGGAAACGAGAUUCAGGAAGGGAGUUACUGAGGGGAGCAGUCGAGGAAAGAAAAAUGAGAAUGGUUACGCCAAACCGGACUCUUGUGUUUUCAUCACGGAAGCAGAAACGAAUGCAUCAUCAUAAUAAUAUCCCCUAUACUACUUUGACAUUGCUCUACAUUGUCUUGUUCUUUCACUUAAACCUCCGCGAUGGCCUCGUGCACAACGUCUACAUAGAAUAUUCACUAGAGUUAAAGGGAACGGAUGCUUCUUGCAUUAUAACAUCUCGCCCUUUGGUAGAUAAAUUGAGACAUCAAUACAGUACCUCCGCCAUCCCUACGUUUGGAUUAAAAAGAACAUGGGAGCGCAUAUCAGAUACUGAAUGGCUGUCUUACUGAUUGUAGGUAAAUGUUUCAUGAGUGAAUCUAAUAAUUAAAGGCGCCUCUCGAGCGAAGCUA